AAAGUGUCGUGAAGCGGCCCUCGCUGGAGUGAGGCUCCGAGGGAUUCGCAGCAAACAGAUCGGCCAGAGCGCAGCAACGGAGAGGAGCUUCGCCUCGGUGAACAGCGGCGGUCGUCUCAGCAAGCCUGACCACUUCAUCACAGGCCCAGUGGCAAUCUAACCGAAUUAGCACCGUUCUCAAAACCCUAAUUAAGCCCUUACCUCGUUAAUUCGUGAUAUUUGGUAAUCAAAAAGGGGUUUAAAAAAAAAAAAAAAAAAUCAAUUUCACAACACCCCCCUCUUUACUUUACUAUAUAUCCGGGCGUUGGGCUUGUGUUGUCAUUUUCAUAGCCCGGCGCUGGCUUCUGAGUCCUUUCUAUAUUAUAUAUCACUUCCAGUGACUGCCCUCGUUUUUCAUUUGUAAAGGUUCUGUAGGGCAAUACUGAAGUGGUUGGGGCCUGCUAGUUUAACAGCCCCCCGAUGGACUCCAGAGUGUAGCCACUUCCCCAGAGCCCUGCCGGAGUCGAUAUGAAGAGUGAGGUCUCGUCUAAUGCUUCCCUGAGACGCGAACACCUGAAGGGGGCGCUGGCCAACCCCGAGCCCAUAGAGGCGGCCAAGAGCUUCCCUGCUGACGUGGAGAUGAUCAGCAGCAAGGUCGGUAGCGAGUUUGCACCCCUGUGGGCCGAGGCCCGCCACCGCCAGCUGCGAGAGGUCAACGGCGGCUGCCGGGAGCAGGACAAGGGCCUCCCGGGGCGAAAGAAGCGAAAGAGCCAGCAGGCUGGCCCCUCUGACACAAAGGAGGUUCGGAAUGGAGCCUUUGCCCCACAUCCAAGACAUGGGCUGGAGGGUCGGAGUGAGGAGGACAACGAAUCCUCCUUCAGUGACUGCGCCUCCUCCCCCUCCUCCAGCCUCCAGUUCGGGGACUCGGACACGAUCAGCUCCUCGGAGGAGGAGCAGGACAAGGCAGGUGCGGUGCAGCCCAUGCUGGGGAGGACUCGAGGAGCCAGACCACACAAGUGGCCUCGACCGGAGCCUGAGGCGGUGCUGAUGAAGCGGCCCUGCCUCCACGGGCGCCGGGCGCUCCAGCGGAAGCACUUUGUGAAAGCAGCCAGCUCCUCCCAGCGGACUCAGAAGCAGAAGGAGCAGCUGCUUCUGCAGCGUAAGAAGCGGGAAGUGUUUGCCCGGAGGAAGUAUGCGCUGCUGCAAAGCACAAGCAGCUCCAGUGAGAAUGAGCUCACCAGCCACUCCUCCUCCACAUCCUCCACUGACGGAGAGGAGGAGCUGUACGUGGAUGUGAGCAGCAGCAGCAGCCAACCCAGCAGCACCGCUGGAGCCCCAGGAACCAUUGAUGAGGACGUGGUGGUGAUCGAGGCCACGCCGGCCCCCCCAGCCGCUGCCAAUGAAGAAAUCAAUGUGACCUCCACUGACAGUGAGGUGGAGAUUGUGACUGUGGGGGACAGCUGCAGGUCUCGAUCGGCAGCCAGCCACUCCAGAUCACACUGGGGCCCCAAUUCCAGCUCUCAGAGUCGACCUCAGGAACCGCGGAGCCGAAACAGGAUCUCCACAGUCAUCCAGCCUUUGAGACAGAGCGCUGCAGAGGUGGUCGAUCUAACUGUGGAUGAAGAUGAUCCCACAGUAGUGCCAAGUACAUCUGCUGUUGCCGACUCCCAGUGUGUCAGCUCCACUUCCAAUAAUGCAUCUACCUCAGAACAGCCCCCAGAAGCUGCCCCGGGCCCCUCCAGUAGCAGCCAUGCCUCCGUGCCAGUGACUGUGGGAGUGUCUUCACACAGCACAGCUGCUUUGACUGCAGGGGAUGAUUCUAGAAGAGGAGCCUCGGUAGCUGGGAAUACUGGCACGGCCAUGCCCCGCCUGCCAUCCUGUUGCCCCCAGCAUUCUCCAUGCAGCGGCCCCUCGCAGGGUCACCCCUCCCUGGGCCAUGGCCACUCGAGCUGUCUCCAACAGCAGCAGCAGCAGCAGCAGCAUGGGCAUCCUCACCACUUCCAGCACCACCACCAUCACCACCACCACCAUAAUGUGCACUCAGCCGGCCCACAGCCUCCGCUGCCCAUCCCCGACUCCAGCUGCCCCCUGGAGAGACCCACAGCAGUUCCAGCACCCUGCGGAGCCAACAGCGGAACAGGCAGCCAAUAUCAUGACCAGCAGACACUGCCUGUGGAUCUAAGCAACAAUGGCUAUAGAAGCCACGGGAGCAGCAGUUUCCAUGGAACCUCUGCCUUUGAUCCUUGCUGCCCUGGCUCCUCGUCAAGAACUACAGCUUUUGGUCCUCAGAACACUGCUGGGCCCAUCCAACAAGUGACCGUGGACAGCUAUGGAUCAGCCAUGGUUGCCCAGCCCAGCCCCAGCCCCCCCCCCCAGCCCCAGCUGUCCUCCUGUAGACAUUAUAUGCACCCCACAUAUGGCCCACUGGCACGAUCACUUCACCACCAAACUUCUUCCUCCUGCCCCCACUCACAUGGAAACCCCCCACUCCCAUCACAGCACCCACCACAAACUGAGUAUGUUAUUCCUCACCCUGUGCACCCCUUUCACCCCCAGCUCCCCUCUCACGCACCGAGCCACUCUGUGCCACCAGCACCGCCCCCCACCCUGCCCUCCCACCACCUCCCCAGUUCUGCAGCACCUAUACCACAGCACAUGCCCCAUGAGCACCAGCCCCUUGCACAUCACAUGGGCCCCUCCGUACAGAGACUUCACCAGCACGAGAUGUUGCAGAGGAUGGAAGUCCAGCGGAGACGGAUGAUGCAGCACCCAACACGAGCACACGAGCGUCCUCCACCACACCCUCAUAGAAUGCACCCUAACUACGGGCACGGACACCAUAUUCAUGUUCCACAGACUAUGUCCUCCCACCCGCGACAGCCGGACCAGAGAGCCUGGGAACUGGGGAUUGAAACUGGAGUGACUGUGGCUCCUUAUCCACCAGGCCAUUUGCAUCCUCACCUGCCACAUUACCACGCCCCUCCUCGACUUCAUCAUUUCCCUAUUGUUCCAUUUAUGCAUACUGGUAUGUCCGAAGUAACCUACCCACACAUUCGGUAUAUUUCGUCAAGAAUGACUGGAUUUGGCCGAACAUACGAGGAUCUGCUUCAUUUAGAAGAGAGAUUAGGAAAUGUCAAUCGGGGUGCCUCUCAGGGAACUAUUGAGAGGUGCACUUAUCCACACAAGUACAAAAAGGUUUUAUUUUUUCUGCAGAGAAAGCUGCACGGUAAACAGGACGACGACGAGGGAGCAGAAGAGGACACUGAAGAGAAAUGUACCAUCUGUCUUUCUAUGCUUGAGGAAGGAGAGGAUGUCAGACGCCUUCCUUGUAUGCACCUUUUCCACCAACUGUGUGUUGAUCAGUGGCUCACCACCAAUAAGAAAUGUCCCAUUUGCAGAGUGGAUAUCGAGGCCCAGCUUUCAGCUGAAAGUUGAUGCUAUUUUCAAGAACUUUCAUUUGUUUUCCUCAGUACUGCAAUCAACCAAAGAUGGCAUGAAUUACCUGCGCAGAUUAAAAAAAUAAAACAACAAAAAAAGCAUUGAACCUAGAGUGCCAGCUAAGUCACAUAGUACCGUUAAUGCUAGAACUACAUUCAGUAUAGAUUUAAAAUUUUAUUGUAUUUAUAAAGCUUUUUUAUGUAGCUUUUAGUUGUUUUAUUCUGUGUCAUUUUUAUUUUUGCAUGGUUCUGUGUAAUGCAUUUAUUUGCACAUAUAAUGGGCUUCACGUCCUCAGACUUGCAGGCAAGAAUAACUGCUCUAGAAAGGUAGCAUUUGUUUUUAAGAUUUUUAUUUUAUUUUUUACAAAAUGCCUUGCUUUACUGGAGUAGAAUGUCAACAUCCAUUACUAACCUUACAGAAUUAAUUUAAUUGAUCAUUAUAUAUUAGUUUUAUGUAUAGAGAUUGUGAUCAACUAGUAAAGGAAAUAUAAAUCAAGAGAUUCAUUAGGAAGAACAGCUGCUGUAUUAAACUCGGUAGACAGUGUCAUUCAAUGUCAGUGUGGGAAAAGACUGAACCAUCAGUCAAAAACAGUAAUUAGGAAAUGCAUACAAAAGCCAUUUCCCUUUCUUCACACACCUUUUAUUUAAAUGUUAAUGUUCCAUGCUUAAUUUAACACAGAAUAUAUGAAUGUCAAAUAAUGUAUUUUGACUGUUUUUUUUUUAACUGAUAGGCACGUAGUUGAGCAAUGGGAUGCAGGCAGAGUUGAUCCUAUCAAAUAGCUGUUAGGACCACUGCUCAGACCUUCCCGUGCUUGGUUUCAGAAGCUGUGAUUUGAUUUUUUUUUCAAUUGGGCAUGGGCAGAUUACAUUUUGACCUGUAAUCUUUUUUGCAAACGUAAACGACUUAAUUGCAGCUAUGCUAUAUAUGGUUUGUCUGGCAAACACAGCUAAGACAUGUUCCCUGCAUAGGUUGUAUUUUUUUUUAAUUUAUUUUAGUACUGGUUAUCGUAAAUUUACCUUUGUCUCGGUAAUGUUGCAACAAACACAUUUGCUGACGUGAACAACUCUUAAACACUAUUAAUCUCAACUAGCUAAAUUGCAUAUACUUGCACAUUAAAGGUGGAAACAGAGACUGUAAAGAGACCUGUGAAUAUGGUGGGGGGGGGGGGGGGGGGGGCGUCAAGGUAAUGUAUUUCCGCUCUGAUUGCAGAAUUUCUGAAAUUGUAACAUUAUAAAUGGAGUGUUGGAAUGGAGUACUAAUGGCAGGUAUCCAUGCAUUCAUAGACUUUUAAUGGCCCAGGAUGCAUUUCCAAGGGAUUUAUAUUAGUUUAAAAGAAAAAAAAAAGAAGAAAAGAAGAAAUAAAGUUAGGUAACUCUUA